AUGGAACCCCUCUUCUCCAAAUCAGUAUACGAGUUCUCCAUAGACUUGGUGAGAAGAAUCGCGCAAGAAACUGACUAUCAUUUCGUGGCAUCAACCCUCUCACCUUGGACACUACUUGCCUAUACUUCCCUCGGUGCUGCCAACAACUCUUUAGAAGAACUCAACACUAUUUUAAGGUUGAAUCCACACAAAUGUUUCAAUAAGGAAUACUUCGAAAUAACGAAAAGCAUCUACUCUCCGUCUACCAAUACAACGCUAGAAGGAACUUCAGCUACAUUCGUUGGUGAAAAAGUAGCGGUAAAAGAAGUGUUCAAAAAUAAAAGUAAGAAGGCAGGCGUAAGUGAAGUAAAACAAGUAUCAUUUGAUAAUUAUGAUUACGUUGCAGCUUAUAUAAAUAAUAUUGUAAAAACACCAACGAAUGGAGCUAUACAUAAAACAGUACUCGCAAGCGAUUUGGAGAAUGUGGCGCUAAUGAUUAUAGAUGCUUUACGAUUUAAAGGAAUGUGGAAAAUUCCAUUCCCCAUCCAUGAGACAAAAAAAAAUUCGUUUUAUGACAAUAUGAACAACAAAUUAGGUGAUGUAAACCUUAUGUCUAUAACCGAUAACUUCAAUUUCAAAUACAUGGAUAAAAUAAAUAUCACAAUUUUAGACCUGCCCUAUAGUGACGACAGAUUUUCUAUGUUACUAUUCUUGCCUGAUGAAGGCGUCAAACUGAGCAAUGUCGUAAAUUCUCUAAAAGAAAUCAGUCUAAAAUCUUUAUUCACAUAUUUUAAAGAACAAGAACGUCCGGAAGUUACGGUAAAGUUACCUCGAUUCAAGAUUUCAUCAGACCUAAAUAAUCUAAAACAACUUUUCAUUGAUGUGGGAUUGAAAACAAUAUUCGACAAUAAGCAAGCCCAGUUGCAAGAAGGACAGUCCUUCAUUUAUUUCUAA